AUGGGUUCUCGGGCUCGGUCCGGCCGUGGAGGAGCGGCGGCGCUCUUCGUGGCGGCGGUGAUGGUGGUCUCCUGGUCGGCGGCGGGGGUGGGCGCGAUAGGGGCCAACUGGGGCACGCAGGCGAGCCACCCGCUGCCGCCGGACACGGUGGUCAAGAUGCUCAAGGACAACGGCUUCCAGAAGGUGAAGCUGUUCGACGCCGAGGACGGCACCAUGAGCGCCCUCAGGAAGAGCGGCCUGGAGGUCAUGGUCGGCAUCCCCAACGAGCUGCUCGCCAUCAUGGCCAGCAGCAUGAAGGCAGCCGACAAGUGGGUCGAGAAGAACGUCUCUAACUACCUCAACAAAGGCUGCAACGUCAGCUGGAGUGUGGUCUCAUUUGAUUCUACUGUAGUUCGGAAGAUGAACUGUCAUGAGUCUAGAGUUAGUGAGGGACAAAGGCGACAUUUUUCGCGGUAUGUUGCGGUUGGUAACGAGCCUUUCCUGUCGACAUACAAUGGAAGCUUUCUGCUAACUACCUUUCCUGCCCUCAAGAACAUACAAAGUGCACUUGUGAAGGCUGGUUUGGGCAAUCAAAUCAAAGUAACUGUUCCUCAAAAUGCUGAUGUCUAUGAUACAGCAACGGGCAAGCCUUCUGACGGGGAUUUUCGCACAGAUAUUCAUGACCGGAUACUCGAAAUUGUAAAAUUUCUGAGCGACACUGGUGGUGUUUUUACUGUCAACAUCUACCCUUUCAUCAGCCUCUACAUUGAUCCAAACUUCCCUGCUGAGUAUGCCUUCUUUGACGGGCGCUCACAGCCCGUUGUUGAUGGCUCUGCAACAUACACAAACAUGUUUGACGCAAACCACGACACGCUGAUCUGGGCUCUGAAGAAGAAUGGAUAUGGGAACCUGCCGAUCGUUAUCGGGGAGAUAGGCUGGCCAACUGACGGUGACAUGAACGCAAAUGCUCAGCUCGCCCAGCGCUUCAACCAAGGCUUCAUGACGCAUAUCGCCACUGGGCAAGGGACCCCGAUGAGGCCUGGACCGAUCGACGCUUACUUAUUCAGUCUGAUCGAUGAGGAUGAUAAGAGCAUACAGCCAGGGAACUUCGAGCGCCACUGGGGGAUCUACACAUACGACGGCAUCCCAAAGUAUCAGCUGAACUUCGGUGUACCGAAUUCACAGAUUAAAAGAGCAAGCGGCGUCAAGUACCUUGACAAGAAAUGGUGUGUGCUGAAGCCCACUGUCAGCCUCGACGACCCAAAGCUUCCAGACACGGUGAGCUACGCGUGCGCCAGGGCAGACUGCACCAGCCUUGGCUACAGGACUUCCUGCGGGAUGCUGGACACCCGGAGCAACAUCUCGUACGCCUACAACAGUUUCUACCAGAAGAACGACCAAGACGACGUGGCCUGCGGCUUCUCGGGCUACGCGACGACCACCGGCCAGGACCCCAGCACCGGGACAUGCAGUGGUUGUUAUCGGUGUCAAGCUGCCAGCUAUGUCGGCAUCAUCGUUGUCGUCGGUCCCCAUCAUCGUCUUCUUAAAUUUUGUACUAGCUCUGGACAGCAAUGA